AGAUUACACGUUAAGCUUCGGCUUGUCCAGAGUAUAUAUAAACCCACCAUCAACACUCCUGCAUUUCAUCCCCACAUCUUCAUAGAAACCAUAACCCACCAAACCAUCUUGCAAUCUUGGCCUCUCCAUUCUCCGUAAGCCCUAAGUAAGCCAUGCAAUCGACUCCCUUCUUGCCCUCAACGCUCCCUUGCAACCCUGCCUUCCCUCGUUCCGCAAAUCGAACGAAGAAAGCGGCUACCAAGAGAUCUGACGCAAGAGUUUUCGCGUCGAGGAGGGAAGAGUACGAUGGUAUGGACCAGUACUCCGGCGGCCACCACGUGGACCGAGACAUGGUCGUGCUCCGGAAACGGAUCCAUGAGAUGAGGAUGGCGGAGCGGGGCCGCGAGCCGCCUCCCGAGUGGAUGGACUGGGAGAAGCGUUGCUACACGAGCUAUGACUCGAUUAUAUGCAAGACUGUGGGGUUUCUGCAGUCUCAGAUGAUGAACGCUAGACCCAGCGUUGUUCUCGGAGUGGCGACUUUGGUGGUGUUCAGUGUACCUACAUCUUCAGCAUUGGCCUUGUUCCGCCUGGCCGAGGUGACCAGAGACAUCUUGGCAACGUUUCAUCUCAGAGCCUAGAAAACCUAGUCGGUACUUGCCUUUCUUUCUUUGUUCGUAAACAUAUUCGCCACGCAUGACUAAUAACUUAUGUGCAACGUUCAGUUUAAGAUGUUUCCGAUAAAUGUUACAGUUCUGCUUUUCAGGAAAUCCUCAUCUCCAUGAAAAUCCCUAAGUCAAAAGCCAGUAAAUUGGUUAAGCACGACCAUAUGCAAGCGUUUACAUCGUUAAGCAUGCUUAAGAUUCACAAAGCCACAUGCUUAACGGUUCUAAUCAAUGUAUUGUUAAGCCUUAAGGGGCAUAUGGUGCGGCAAA